AUGUCGCUUAUUGUUGCACUAGCCGCUGUGCCAGGACUCAUGGGAACUCAAGAAGCGAUACGUCAAGGGCAGCAGAAGGAGAGGAGGGAGGAGCACAGAGCGCGGAGAUGCAACCUCGUCGCGAGAUGUAUCAAGAGCUCUGUGAGAUCGAGGGAGAUCAAUGGUCGACCCCUAGUACUUCGGAAUGGUGCAGUGCUCAUCGAUACAUGCACGUCCGAAGGUACUGCCCCUGAGCACCAACUUGCAGGUUAUUUCCUACCAUAUCCGGAUACGCAAUACGAAGGCCAUGUAACUACCAUCACAGACGUCGCGCCCGUAAUGAACUGGCUAUAUGUUCACAGAUCCUUUCACCAACUUCGAUACGGCGUCCGCGUUGAUGCUCAGCCAAAUCUCCCCGGGCCGUUCGAUUGCACGAGGCAAGAUCGUCGCCUGACGUUCGACGGGUGGGAAGGAUUCUGUGCCGCAGAGAUUCUUCCGGGAAUCUGGGGAGUGUUCUUCGAUAUCGAUGAUGAUGGUCUGAAGGGCAAGAUGAGGGAGGGUAUCAUUGCUGAAGGGACGCCCGUCUUGGAGAUCGAACUCUGUCGCGUGGAGAAGAGAUGGAAGAAA